AUGUCGAAAAAGACACAAGCCGCUGAAGUGAUAGUUAAGCUUAUGGUGGGCGCUGGUAAAGCUUCCCCUAGUCCGCCUGUAGGACCAGCUUUAGGCGCACGUGGCGUCAAAUCUAUGGAUUUUUGUAAACAGUUCAACGAUAAAACCAAACAUAUUGUCCCCGACACUCCACUCCCUACAGUCAUUACCAUCAAGCCCGAUCGUACCUUUAGCUUCAUUGUCAAAACACCACCCACCACCUAUUUACUCAAAAAAGCAGCGGGUGUGACUAAGGGCGCAUCACAACCUGGUAACGAAGUUGUUGGCUCUGUCACUUUAAAGCACAUCUAUGAAAUUGCGAAAAUCAAACAACAAGACGCCAAUCUAAAGCACCUACCCCUGGAAGGUAUCUCAAAUAGUGUUAUAGGAGUAGCGAAGAGCGUAGGCAUUCAAGUUGUGCAUUAA